UGUAGCUUUUGGCACGCUUUGCGCAUUCCAGAAUGGCGACGCCGCCCUUGACGCCGCGGACUUGGGCAAGCGAAGUUCCGAGAGUGUACUGUCAUCAAAUCCUUUUAAUUCCCUCGCUGUGGUCAUUACUGCUCUACGUACAGCUACUUCAACUGUUGGCAAUGAGGUAGGAUGAAGUGGAGAAGGUCCGGUUACACUUUUCCUUUCUAAAAUUAGGGAAACUGCGCUGACGCAAGAUGGCUAAACUCGGUCCCUAUGUGUGACAGCGGGAACAAGACCGUGGAUCCAUGGAAACGUACCCUACAAUUUAGCUGUUGUUGAUGACUGGUUGUAUUUUUAGCCUUUGUUGUCAUCUUUCCGUAACACUUGGUGUCCAACAUAUUGUAUAAAGGCGAGUCUUUCAAAAUGCAGCUGUACAGCAGUGCUUUGACACACUAUCCCGGAUCCUCUCGCAAAGUUUCGAUAACUAUCACAAGUGGUACCACUACCGACCAUUUGUCCAGAACAACAACGAGCUCCUCUGCAAAUAAUAAACCGAUUAGGACUACUCCAGCAGACACUAACGGGAAUACGGUAGGAGAGACGCAAUCUACUGCAAACAUGCCUGCUGCUGGUUUUUCAUUUUACGAGGCUGCUUCCAUGAAGCCAGUCUACUACACUUCUACCGCAGAGAUAAUAAUUCGUCGGCCUGACGGAGUUGAGAGAUCAGUUCCAGUGCACAUCAUAAAGGAGACCCAAACCAAACGGGAUCCGUCAGACUCAUAUUCACAAGAUGUCCUGAUUCAGCCGCGUGACCGAGAGGAUCAUUUGGAUACAGACUUGAUUGUGGACUUCAUUGAUCACUUGAGAGGUAGAGGGGAUUUUUUCAGUGAUUGUGAAAACGUGGAAAGUGAAAAUAACCUGAUAAAUAUUGACAAGAACGAUGGACCAAGUUGCAGAAAUUGUGAGGAGAGAAUUAACAUGGCAAAUGGGGAAGGAAAAACAGUUACAAGUAACAUUGUAAGCCCAAAACGCCAUCGGAACAUGGAGGCCCUGGCGACCCAGGAUAAUAUAAAUGACAGUGAAUGCGCAGACCUGGACUUUCCAUCUGGCGAGGCGCAGCUCUUUGAGCUCCAUGUCCUACAGGAGCCCCCUCCCUCUCCACCGAGAGAAGCAGAAAAAUGUGACAGCGACAAAGUGACGCGUUACAUAGCGGAAGUGGAGAAACAGAAUAAAUACCUUCAGGAGAAGGCACACAAGUACAGAUUCCACAUAAUCCCUGACGGCAACUGUCUGUACAGGGCGGUGUGCAAAGCCACCUAUGGAGAGCAGUCUAUGCACAAGGAGCUGAGAGAUCAGACAAUGCACCACAUAGCCGACCACCUGGAUGAGUUUAACCCCAUCGUUGAGGGAGAUGUCGGGGAGUUCUUGAUCAACGCAGCGCAGGACGGCGCCUGGGCGGGCUAUCCGGAGCUUCUGGCGAUGAGUCAGAUGUUGAAUGUGAACAUUUACCUGACCACUGGAGGUAGCUUGGUGAGUCCCACGAUUUCGACCAUGGUGCACUACCUGGGGGAAGAGGACUCGUCCAAACCCGCUGUCUGGUUGAGUUGGCUCAGUAACGGACACUAUGAUGUCCUGCUGGACAGGUGUGUGGCCAACCCAGAGUAUGACGACUGGUUCCGUCAUUCUCAGAUGCAAAGGAAACGGGACGAAGAGCUGGCCAAGUCGAUGGCAGCAUCACUGUCUAAAAUGUACAUCGAACAAAAUGGUCACAUUUGAAACCAAUAGUUAUCGGAUUGCUGCAUUGAAAUAUUACUAUGUUACAGUAGGCUAGCUGUUACGUAAUGGGCCAAUCAUCUCUGCUGAUAGUAGUGGAGCUUCUGUCAUCUGAGGUCUGAGAGGGCCUCAGUCAGCACCUGGGGCCCCUGUUGGCCCCUGUGCUAAGGACAGCGCUCCUCACAGCCCAGCUCACGACUCACCCUGGGCUCAUACCUUCUCUCUCUC